GAAAUGCACGAAAAUAUGUACGGUAUUCGUGGUGGUCUAAUUUAUAUUUCCGUUGCAUGUUUGUUCAGUCCCAAAAGAGGUGUGUUUGUUAUACUAUACAAUAGCUGUUAUCUAAAUAAUACGAACAUUGCCUAACGAGAAACUAAGGGUCCUUUUUUGCUUUGUCAGUAUAUCAAAUAUUCAAAACCAAACUACUCUAAAAUUGCCUCGCGUCAAUGACUUUCAUAUGCCGGAGGCAUAACACGUUCGGCUUUUUCGUCAGAGAAACCACGGUAUUGUGCCUGUACGAUCCGCAUGGUGAUUAAGCGUGAAUUGUCCCGUGGAACAGUUAGGCAUUAUCUAAAAUUAAUCUUUCUUACAAAAGAACUAGAAUAAAGCUUUUUGUUAAAAAAAUUUUGACGACAGCCAGUGGAGACAAGGGUUUGUUGUUCACGUAAACAACGAACAGAAGUGUAAAGUUUUUCUUUAACUCAUAGUUUGCUCAUGGUUUUGUCCCUACAAAACAGGCCAAGUCAGAUGAAGACGUCCAAAUCCACUUUGCAGUGAAUGAAUAAUUCCACAUUUUAACCAGGGUUUUCAAAAAGGUUAGUACACCAAUUAUCCUUUUUUUUUUCGCUUAUAUCUUAGAAAUGUUCGAUCGAAACUUCGUUGCUUGCAUCUCGGGUGAUCUAAAUCAGUAACAAGGUAGUUUAAGUCCCUGGCUCACUAAAAGUGAUUGUAAGCACAUUAAUAUUGAAUUCUCGCAAUUACUAUAAACGGGAAAAAGGAAAAACGCAACCUAGAAAAAUUUCAUCAUGAUAUUGUUUAAAUGAGUGCGCCAAGACGUUACGAGUGGGUUAAUUGUGACAUAGAAGACUUGCUUCCGAGUGGACGACAGCUCAAAAAACUCUCUACGGUGGCUAAUUAGAAUUAUAAACUCAGCUGGUUAAGCCAAAUUGUGUUAAAACACCUCCCACCGACGCAGCAUCACAGUUUAGAAAUUAGAGGCUUUCCGCACUAGCGGACAAAAUCAGAGAACACAUUUUAGCGUGAGAAAUAUAUGUUUUGUCGGUUGCAUUCACAUUUUUGCCUGAUUUCAGUUCAAUUACACGCUGGUCGCAACUUUUGCGACAAAUGGUCGACAAGUUAAUUACGGUUUUGUUUAUGUCGUCGAGUUUGUCCAGCUUUUGCCCGGGACAAACUUUGUGUAAUGUGCAUUUGAAGAUUUGACCGCUUCGGACGAAAUUUGUCAAGUAGCGACAAUCCUUCUGCAGUUGUUGGUGAUGACAGAAAAUUUGUCGAAAUAAACAACUUUUUCGUCAGUGCGGUAACACCUUUAUUCGUUUUAAUUCGAAGGCUGACCAAGAUAAAUUUGGACUGACCAAUCUUAUCCAAAUUUGCUUUAUCCAAAUUCCAGCCGAAUUCAGUUCAUGAAGAGACAUUUCCCCUCAAACUCCUUGAAGUAUUUUAGAUUCUUGGCAUAGUACAUAUGUAGUUCAUUGUUUGAAGGAAAGUCUAUUUAUAGACGCUCUUCUUUCUGUCUAGCCAAGUUUAAUUCAAUAAUUUACGACAUUUCGCCCUUGCUUACCAGGAGCGAUUGCUGCUUUUGGUUUGACCCAAUGUGUAUAAGUUACGAACGUAUGUGAGGAAAAGCUGAUUCCUGAAGCCUUUUUCGGAAUGUCGCCGGUCCUGAAGAGUUGUUUACAGAAUUGAAUUGACUUGAAACGAUGAAACGAUCAGAAAACACAAGUGUGGAGUGGUUUCUUUAAGCUUUGACUCGCAUUACAGUUCCUGUGCAUAAAAAUUUCAAAUACCACUUCCGGCCCACGUAAGUCAAGGGCCACUUUCCAGAAAGCGCUCUAGAACCAUCAUUUUUAGCUAAAUUGGGCGUGAGGGAAGACUUACGUAAUCUGAAUUCAUACAGAUGCUUCCAAUUGAUGCAGACGUUGUAAUUUAUGUCACCUUUGUUAAUCUAAUAUGCGAAGGAAAGCUCCCAUGGCGUCUAAACUUUGCGGCCGACUUAUUAAAUAAAUCUUGAUAUUCCAGCGCGAACUCAUGAAGCCACGUGCACAGAUACAAGUCAAGUUUACCUCUUCGUAGGUGCUUCCGCGUUUCCCUUAUUAUCAUGACGGUGCAUGACGAUUUUAAUAUAUUGGCCAACAUGCAUAACCACGCUUACUAAUAUUAUUUCCUUUUUCUCCCGCAGCUUUUCGUAAGACGAAAUUUUUUCAUCGUGUAUCCGCAGACUGUCUUUAAUAGGACACAGUUUGGUUGAACACAGUCGUUUCGGUUCAAAACAAGAUGAGGAUUGGCGAUCCUACACGGAAUUAUUUCUCUAAGGUCCGCUGUCGCUACAUACUGCUCACCAUAGUUCUCGUAGUUGUGGUGGCACUCUAUGUCACAAUGAACUUAAAAAACUAUGGUCUUUACACUGGAAAUCAUCCUUUCUUCGCAGCUCAACCGUGUCAAUACCUCAACUCGAAAGAGAAAGGACAACUUUUGAAGAUGGCGCAUACAGUGCAUAAGAUUCUUGAUGGCUUUGGUAUUGAACAUUGGCUCGUUUAUGGAUCUGUUUUUGGCGCUGUUCGGGCGCACGGCCCUUUGCCGUGGGACAAUGACGUAGAUAUUGGUUUUAACGGCUCAGGGACAUUCGCCACAAUGGAUUUUAACAAGUUUUUGGCCGCUUUUAAAGACAAUGGUCUGAAAGUUUAUUACAGAAGGUGGAUCACAAGCAACGUGAUGAAAGUUUAUAAGGAUGAUCAACCUCAUAUCAAAGUAGACCUGUUUGCCUUUUACAAUUAUCGUGGCUGGAUGAAGCGCGCCGGGCUAGAAACGUGGAUCUUUGCAUUGAAUUAUAAUUUACACGAUACGUAUCCGGCGAGACUAGUAGAAAAGCCUCUACCUAUGGUCCGAUUUGGUUACUUUAAAUUACCGGCUCCAAGGGAAGGCCUUACAAUUCAACAAUACCUUUACCCCGACGACUGGUGGAAAGAAGUGAAACCUGUCACCUGUAAGUAACGCAAUAUUAUGUUUGCUGCGUUACAAGCUACUAAAUUGCCGCGCACAAAUGAAGAACAGAAAGGUCUUUUUUGUCUUCAGUGAUCGGUAUCGUUUCUCGUUUGUUUUACUACAACUUUAUUGUUUUUUCACUCAGUUCCACUCAUUUUUUGGUGCUGAAAACUUUUGAAGUAAAAGUUAUUCAAGCUCUCCUCUUAGGACUGAAAUAGUUCGCUCCUAGACAUUUUUCUUGGUCUCAAAGUUAUCAUUAAUUGAAUUUCUAUUUUGAGAACCUGUCACAAAAUGGUUAAGUGACGUUCAAGAUUUUGAUGCGAAACGAUAUAUUUUUGGAAACCGAAAAUUACGACUCAUCCGAGCCUUAAAAAUUACAGGAAAUUAUUAUGAAAUUCCCAUUAGACGAAGAAGGCGAUACUAAGUUUUCAAUGGUUUUGCCCUCUACAUAAAUCUUUCUUGAGCUAUCUUUAAAAAUGUGAUCAUAACACGACAUGUUUUAUUUGAUUGAACUGAAUUCAAACAUAUAACCUAUCGUAUUCAUAAAAAUUUUUCUGAAGUCUUAAGAAGCAUCCGAGUUAAUAAGAAAAACAUAAUUUCAACUAAAAGUUUAUAAAUCAGGAAGGUGUCAUAAUCUCGGACCUGGGCGACUCCCCUGGGGGAGUUUUCCCGGCAACCGCUGAUCUUGGGCUUCGUUUUCAUGUUAUUUGCAUAUAUUGUUUUCAUCUUUGGUUAAUUUAAAUUAACCCUAAACACCUCCUUGAUUCAAAUGCAAAUUCUCUUUACUGUUCUCUAUACAUUUCCUAUGGAACUGGUAAGAAGAAUCUGUUUGGCAGUCAGGAGCUUUUCAAGUUGGCAAUCAUUUCUUUUUUCUCAUUAUCUAAAUGUUUGAUUCAGCAGUGAUGAAGUAGGGAGAAUUACGAUGUUAGAUAUCCUACAUGAAAGAAUGGUAAAGAUCACACCAGCUUAGUUCAUCAGAGUUUUUAGCCCAGGCUUUUGACACGUCACGCAAUCCGCCCUUUGCGAGGAUUACGUGACAAGAAAAAAAAUUAGUCUUUAAAAGGCCACAGAGUUAUUAUUUCUUGAGGUUAAUUUUCAUUCGGGAUAGACGGACACUUACAUACUUAAUCGUGUGAUUAUUUAUAUUGGGAUACAACAAAUAAAGUAUAGAUACACUUCAACGUCAGAAUAUGAUCUUGAGCAUUUAUUACAGAGCAAAGUUUUUUUUUUCUGUGCGGCGGUUAACUAAGCCGUCCGCCAGCUAAAGUCAAGAGAUAUCUUGCCAUAUGGUACCACCACGUUCGCGGGCUGUUUCUUCUCAGUCUAGCGGGCGGGAAAAAAAAAUAGACCCUGGGACCAGGUUGGAUCAGGCGAACGCGCGAGAUCUUUCGGGAAAGAGCUUGUGCUAGCCAAGCUGGGGUUUAGCUCCAGUUUUUCAUGGUAAGGGAGGAGAGGGGAGGGGGCCUUUGUUGCUUGUGUUUCAGCGGGGCUCUUAUUCAAGCACAGAGAGGUUCUGACUAGUACUUACUACAAAAAGGAUUUCUGCCUUGUAGAUUGUUCAGAUUCGCGCGUUUUGGCAAAUCUGAAUAAUAAGCUUGCAAAAAAGUUUACCUCACAAAGAAGGGGGGGGAGGGUAAGGAGUAUAUGACUAUCUAUAAAGCUCCUCCUCAAAACACAAUCAGCCGAAACGUUCAAGUUUUUUUUUGACUUUCUUUUAUGUUUCGAUUGAUCUCUAUAUAACUUAACCCCCCCUGAUCACCUUCCUGACUGUCACAUAAUUUCGCCUGCGUGGUGACAGUCUAUCACCGUAACUUUGAAAUUGCCCGAGAAGAAGACAGGUAAUUGAAAAUAUACCUCGCGAAGUGAUACCGUAUUGGACAUGAUUGAUAGCUAUCAGUUAAACUUCCAUGAAAGUCUUAAACAUUUUUACGAAAGAUGUAAUGCCUUUAAAGAGCAAAUACACGAUUUAAGUCACGAAUAUGUCUUUACUUUGAUAUCCAAUUUUUUUUUUCUGGAGUAAUUUCAUUUCUUCCUGGGUUUCAUGGUAAUCAUAAACCCCUAAAACAUUAGCUCAAGGCAGGAGCCCAUAAGUAAUGGGCUCCUGCUUAAGGACAUAUCAAAAAAUCGCUCUACACCCCCAGGUAAUUUAACACUCGCUAAUUAUAUUUGUGCUGGUGAUCUUGACGUAUCAUUGCGAUCUCUGAAUGAAGUCCAAAUUCUAGGUACACGGAGGUGAUGACUCUAAGCUUCGAGUUCGAUUCAGUUGGAAAAACAAAGAUGUCGUGUAAAAGUUUUGACAGACAGGUACCAUAAACAUCACAUUCAUUGCGUUGAUUUAUCCAAUGCGAGACACUGUAUUUAAACAGUUGCACAAACACAAGUACCUCUUCCUCGCCGGACAAUCUCGAAAAUACGACCCGAUAAGAGCUUGCAUAAAAUGUGUUGUGAAUCUAUCCACAUACCUAGCCUGAGGCCUGUCUUUUGUUCUUGCUACAGUAGCCAUUUUACACCUGUUUGGUGUUUGAUGCUCCAGGGCUCUUUCUUAUACAUACAACACCCCAAAGGGAAAUAAUUAAUUAACUUUCAGUUCCAAAGGAAAUGGUACACCAAGGAAACAAAAAAGACACGUGGAUUGCGCAUUUAAAUGAACUAUACACGUAUUUCAAUACACGUCUUUAAACUUGAUGAUCACAGUGCGGCGAAACCUUCGUGUGACGUUUCAUUUGGAAUAGUCUCCCGCAGUAAUGGGCUCUUGUCUCCCGUGAAUUUGACCAUUUCAAGGUAUCUCACAGGGCCGGGUUAUCAGGGAGAGAAAUUAGUCUAGAUUGGUGUAGUACAAACUCCAUAGUUGUUACCUACACUGCUUCCUUCUUCUUUGGUAAUCUGGUCUUAUCAACUGAGUUUAUAACGUAAAUUUGUCACCGUAAAAUUCUUCUUUAGCUGACGUUUGGAGUAUUAGCCCUCUUCAAAGCGAAUGACGAAUCAACUCGGUUGAUACUUAGAUAUCUUACAAUAUUUAAGACCACAGCAAAUGCUAAGAACAGAAUCAGCCUUAGAAUACCUCAUUGUAAAAGACGAUGUAUUUUUCGUUUUUCCGCUAGAUCUAUCUUUAAGACGUUAUUAGUGGAGGGGGACUGUAUAGCUGGGGAAAUCACAAGCUCAGCAGAAG